UGUUCAAUCUGUAUUUUAAUGACAAAAAAUGUGUACAUUUUGUUUUUAAUUUAAUUUACAAAUUCUGAAGCUAAAUUUUAAGGAUGGCCUUUCAUUUUAGCGCCCAGCAGUUCGAGGGCCGAUUCGAGUCGAAGCGCCUCAACAAUUGGGAGUACCCGCGCUUCUCGCCGCCCCGCCCACGAGGACUCAAGAAAAACGCCAAGGUCGUGGCCGCCAACAACGGACACCUGCUGCCUGGAGUUAAAAAGGAGGGCAACUCCUUUGGCCAAUAUCGCGGGACCUACGAACUUCCCCGGCGGAUAACGCGCUGCUUUUGCGCCCACUACGAUGCCUGCUUGAGUGGGCGGCACAAGUUCGCCGGCUAUCCGCGUGACCUCUGCAGCUGCCAGCGGGAGAACCGCCGGGCACUGGCCUGCGACCAGCGGAUGACCUUGGGCCAGGCGGGGGAUCCCCACUGGAUGCGACAGAGGUGCCAGACGAAGUGCGAGGGCCUCCAGCAGAUCAAGGAGCUGCACGAGCGGAGCGAGCGCUGCAAGCGGGCCAAGUGCCAAGUGGUGAGCGAAAAGACGGUGUUGAUGCCACCGAAGGUAUGCAAGGUGGCCUGUGUGGCCACCGAAAAGAGGCGUCGCAAACGCACAGUCACCGCUUUUGCGAGGAGUCGACCGGCGAUGCAUGCCAACGAAUCCACGGCAUCCUACGAGGGUCGCCACAAACCGUAUCCGCAACCGGAGAAACCAGCGGCAACCUCCACUCCCGGCAAACCGAAGGAUAAGCCGAAGGAUAAGGGCAAGGACAAGGGAAAGGACAAAGAGAAGGUCAAGGAAAAGGGCAAGGAGAAAGAGAAGAUAUCGAAGGGCCAUUCGUAACACUUUGGUGUCUGUUAUAUUUUGGCAAAUCGGAAGGAAAUAAAAUUCU